UACUGAUCAAUUGGGCCCUACUCGUGAUACCGGAAUUAUCAUUUACUAUUCUACCGAACCUACCAAGUGCAGAUUCAACAGGUUAUGAGCCCGGACGCAGAGCGUUCUUAUAACCAAGAAUAGGAUAUCAAACAUCGAGUGUCUAGAACGUCCAAUCAGUCUCUCGAAAAGGCCUAUACCCGUCACCACCAGCAGCAUCACUGGCCAGAAUGACGACGGAAAGACUCAUCGCCACGUUGAAGAGUCAAGAGAAGCUGAAGGGCAGUGCCAAUUACCUCUCAUGGAAGAGACGAAUUGAACAGACACUAGCCCAGGCAAGUUUGGGUAUCGGAAAGAAGGAAUCAGCCUAUAUCAUCUGGUUUACCGGUAACGCCCACGCUUACUCGAUAAUCGAAGCCACAUGCGGAUCAGAAACAGUCGAAACGAUUCGACUGACUGUCAGCGCCGCCGAAGCUUGGAAGCUCCUCCAUAACCGGUAUGAAGGAAAGGGCAACUUCGUGCUCACCAAAGGUUUCGACGACUGGCACUCACUAUCACUUGAUCCAGAAGAUAUAGCCGCCUUUAACAACUCUUCAACCCCCUGAAAAGUGGAGGGUUUAGGGGUAAUAGGCCGUAUUGGUAAGGUAGGCGUAGGCUCUUCUGUAGGCUGGGUAGUAGGCUGCGAGUAUGUACGUAGCUUCGUGAGGGCUGUAUUACAGCUUAUUGGCCAGAUUCCAGCUUUCCGGAAAGCUGAGAGUAUUGUAGACUCCU